AAGCUCGUACAUCCAACGCGUAAAUAAAAAAUGUCGUUAUAUGCCUCAAGUAAAUCAAGGAGAAAAUCAACAAACACGGGCGCGUCUUCUAUAUUAACGCCUUCUAACAACCUCCAUCAAUCGACAAACAUUAAUGGUGUCAAUUUAAGUGAUGAGCAGCGUCAAGAGAUCAGAGAAGCGUUUGAUUUGUUUGAUACUGAUAAAGAUGGUGCUAUUGAUUAUCAUGAGCUUAAAGUUUCAAUGCGAGCUCUCGGUUUUGACCUUAAAAAGCCUGAAGUAUUGAAACUUCUUAGAGAGCACGACAGAAGAGGGGAAGGUUUAAUGGAGUUUGAUGACUUUUACAAGAUUAUGACCGACAAGAUACUCUCACGAGAUCCUAGUGAAGAAAUUCGUAAAGCUUUCAGUCUCUUUGAUGAGCACGGUACUGGUAAAAUAACUUUAACUAGUUUGAGACGCGUCGCCAAAGAACUCGGAGAACCACUAGAUGAGGAAGAGUUACAAGCAAUGAUUGAUGAAUUUGAUUUAGAUCAAGAUGGCGCUAUUAACCAACAGGAGUUCUUCUCUAUUAUGACCGAUGAGGCUUAAGUCAAAACAUCAAAAGUUACCCAAUAACUAUCAUCUUAAUUGUUUAUAAUAAUAAAUUAUACUAAAUUCCUUAUUAAUCCUUGAUAAGCAACAUUUUUACGCGUUUAUUUUAUUUUCCUCCUUUAGCCAUCUUACAUGCCUACAUUACGGGAUUCUGCCGUUUCACCUGCCGUAAAU